AUGAUUUCAACAUCGCUGAUAAAAAACAAUAUUUCCAAGGCUGCGAGCAAGGCGGACGCUGUUCUCCAGAGCAAUGCUGGUGUAAUACUGAUGCUUUCAGCCCAAAUAUGCUCCACGAUCCUAGCAACAUUGGGACGCGUCCUACGAACGGAUGGCAGCAGCGGCUCGGACACCAAAUCGAUUGGCACUUCCGAAAUACUCAUCGCAAUGAUGCUAAUAAUCACCAUUCUUUCCUGGACAUACGUGUUUGUCUCUCCGGCGGUAACCCCUGGUGGGGUUUUCGGUCCCACCAAAUUGCGCCCACUUCUCAUCGUACGAGGCAUCGCCGGCUUCUUCGGAAUUUGGGGCUUCUACGUCUCUCUGCGCUAUCUCGCGUUAGCUGAGGCGACUCUGAUCAACUUCCUUGCGCCGGUUUUAGCCGCUCUUCUACUCGGCUUGUUACCAGGCCAGCAGCGCUGUUCCGUCGCUCAAAUGCUCGCAGCUUUAGUUGCGGUUCUGGGUUUGCUCUGCGUACUGCAGCCUUGGAACGCUCAUAUGACGAACACGCCCAAGGACCAUGUGCUGGCUGUUGGUGCCGCCCUAGUUGGUGUUGUCGGUGGCGCAGUCUCCUUCUUGACGAUGUCUUGCCUAGGGGGGCACGUACACCCGAUCACAACCGUUGCAUACUUCGCACCUAUUUGCACCGUACUCAGCGGCGCAUCGCUCAUCAUACAGCAACAGAGCUUGAGCUUCCCAGCGACCGCUGUACAAUGGCUGCUCGUCUGCAUCUUGGGUAUUUUGGGAUUCGCCAUGCAUUGGCUCAUGGCAGCCAGCUUGAUGACUGGCGAUUCAAAGAGAGCGCUUCACAUCGUUUACGUGCAGGUAGUGUUCGCCAUGGUAGCCGACAAGAUUGUGUGGAGAUUGGACCCGGGAUGGUGGAAGUACGCCGGAGCGCUUUUGAUUGUGGGCAGUGCAAUAUUUGUGGCAGCGACGAAGGAAGACCGAGGAUAUACGCUUGUUGGAGAAAUAGCUGUAGAAGAGAAGAUCGAGAACGAAGAUGCCGGCCCCUAG